ACUAUCGACCAGCCUGAUGUUGUGGUUGCAACCCUUCCCCCCGGAAUUCUUUAAAAAUAUUGCAACAAGUGGAAGCGUUGUUAUAGAUUGUUGCAAAGUUUUAAUGCGCUAUUAAAAGUUAAGAAAUGGCGCCAGACAAGUCACAAAGCCCGUAUUCGAGAUCGGAUUCACCGCCCUGCUGCAGUUCAUCGGCAAUCCGUAGCCUAAAUAAUUCAUCAUGUGAGUAUGGGAACUCCCCGUGCUAUCCUAUGGAAACGUCUUCGUCAUCGGAAGAUAACGAAAACCACGAUCGAUCACGCAUCAUGCAAGAUCAGACAGCCGGCCAAUUGACGGACACUUCUGAUGAAAUUAGCAAUCAGCAGGCAUCAGAUGACGCCGACCUUGAGUUGUCCAGUGAAUACGCAAAUAAUGCGGGUGCUAUUUUCGUCAGCGCAUCGGAGUAUUCCGAAAAGAAGACGCAAAUCGAUCAGCUGGUACAGAAGAUGCUCGCAAUGGAGCAACAGCAGCGACAGCUGGAGGAGAGUGGAUCCAGCAACGAGGAACUAUGCGAUCUAAAAGUGCACCUAGGGAAGCUCAAUGCCCGCCUGGAGGCACUCGGCGAGUUUCUGGACACGCUGCGUGUGCAGGAGGAUAAGCCGGUGAUCGAGAUCAAGGAUGAGCCCGAGCUGAUUGAGCAGAUCGAACAGCCCAGGUGGGCCAAUUUGUACUCUGGCCUAAACCGCUUUCGCCACAAGGCCAAGCACACUUCCGCAGAGUUCUAUCAGCACAAGAGCAACAUAAUCGCCAGUCUGAAGACCCUCUAUGAGCCCUCGGAGCCAAGUCCCACGAUCGAUUACUUAGAAAAGCAACCUGAACUCCUGAUGGUGCGCCUACUAAAACACCAACAGGCUGGCUUGAAAUGGAUGCAGUUCCGCGAGCGGCAGAAGAUCUGUGGAGGAAUCCUGGCCGACGACAUGGGCCUAGGCAAGACAUUGAGUAUGAUCGCCCUGAUCUUGGCUUCACAGGAAACAAAAAACAAAAAACGGGAGGACAAGCAGCGGGCCUUGAAGUUAAAGUGGACCCAAGAGUUUAAUCGAAUGAAGACUAAAAAGGUCCUUAAAUUUCGAAUGUUUGAUGAUGAAGAGGAGUCCGAGGAGGAAGAAAAGUACGAGCCACCAAAGAAGCGAUUAGGUCAGGACAGUACUCAGAAUAGCAGUAAAUUUCGCAUUCUCGAUGAUGAAAAGGAGACUGCAGAAAGGGAAGAAAAGGACAAGACGCCAGAGAAGGGUCCCGAAGCAGACGUUUUCAGUUCAGAUGAGGAAGAGGAGCACGCUAACGUUCGCUAUCCCUCGGCAAACACAUUAGUCGUGUGCCCCAUGAGCGUCAUGUGCCAGUGGGCCCAGGAAGUGUCCACCAAGGUGGCUCCGAAUGGCCUCAAGGUACUGACAUUUCACGGACCUAAUCGCCAUGAGAUCGGGAUAGAGGGCUUCAGAAGCUACGAUUUAAUCAUCACCUCGUACAAUCUAUUAAUAAGUGAACUGAAGCGAUAUGGAAACGCUUCCCUGCUCUUCGCCGUUCACUGGAACCGGGUUAUCCUCGACGAGGCCCACAUCAUUCGGAACGUAAGGACCAGUGGCUGUAGCUCAGUCUGCCAGCUACGAGCCCGUUGUCAUUGGGCCUUGACAGGAACUCCUGUCCAGAAUAGAGCCAUCGAUGUGUUUGCCCUGCUGCGCUUUCUGGAGGUACCGAAUUUUCGUGACCUCCAGCAGUGGAAAAAAUACUUAAAUGAAGGCAUGCGCGGCCACCGCCGGCUAAACUUCAUUAUUAAACCACUAAUGCUGCGAAGGACAAAAAAACAGUUGCAGGAAUCCGGUGACAUGCCUGCACUGCCACCUCUAAAGGUUGAACUAAUAUGCGUGCAGCUGUCGGAGCCUGAAAUGGCGGUGUACCAAAUCCUGUCCGCCAUCUCCAAGAAGAUCUUUACUCAGUUUUUGAGGCAACGCGAGCAGGGCAACAGUGACUUAAAUUAUUAUGCCCUGGAAAAGACUCCACAGUUUAUGGAGGAAUCAUUUGACACAAAGUACACAGAAAUUUAUCACAGAUUCCUAAGAUCACUGGGCUACAAUCCGGGAGCUAAGAUCAAGGGCAUCGUUAUCCUGGUGUUGUUGCUACGUUUGCGACAGUUCUGCUGCCAUCCGGGUCUAAUGCUUGGGAUGCUGUGUGGUGCCAUGACCGCCGAAGAUGUCCAUAACGUGAGGGUGGACGCUUCAGAUGUGGAGGGUUCGCUCAAGAUGGAUGUCCUUGCGGAGCUGGACAAGUACGAUCAUCCUGCUAACGAAGAGGAUCCGUUUGACGAGGAGGACGGUCUCUCAAGAAAUCGAAAUGUCAAACUGGAGGACGUAAAAGUUGAAAAAGACCCCCUCGAAGAAGUUAAGAAAGAGAUUAUGCCGUGGGAUUUGGAGGAUGAACAAUCAUCGGGCAGUUCUAAUAAUCCGUUAGAUGCUGCCAGAGCCCUUAAGCUGCUUAGUCCCCAGAAUCCCAUCUUUGAAUUUGUACGUCCUUCUGCCAAACUGAAGCUGGUCCUUGAUAAGCUGGAGGAGCUACUCACGGGUACCAAUGACAAAAUUAUUGUUACAUCUCAGUGGCUGAGCUACCUUAGCAUUAUCCGUAAGCGUCUGCAGGAACAGUCAUGGGAAACACUUGACUUUACUGGCCAGUUAUGCGCUAAAGAUCGCGAGCUGGUACUGCGAGACUUUAACGCCAAUAAUGACAAGCGGGUUCUCCUGCUUUCCCUCACCGCUGGCGGAGUGGGAUUGAAUCUCAAUGUGGCCAAUCAUAUGAUAAUGGUGGACCUCCAUUGGAACCCUCAGCUCGAGCGACAGGCUCAGGAUCGCAUCUAUCGAUAUGGUCAAAAGAAGCCUUCCUUCAUUUACCGCUACAUGUGUCAGGACACCGUGGAGCAGCGAAUUAAGGCGCUGCAGGAUUACAAGCUAGAGAUUGCCAAAGUGGUGCUUCCCGAGGAAGAAGGUGGGGUGUCCAGACGCGGUGGCGGUGGUCUGAACCUCGAGGAGCUAAAGAAACUGUUCUCGAUGUGAGAUAAAAUAGAUAUAGAUCGCCAAAGUGGUGCUUCUCGAGAAAGAAGGAGGAGUGUCCAGACGCGGUGGCGGUGUUCUCAGCCUCGAGAAGGUAAAGAAACUGUUCUCGAUGUGAGAUAAAAUAUUUUAUUUCGUUUUAUGUUUAUUUAAGAAGUUCGUUUUUUUGGUUUUUCUUGACUAUUUUGAUUUUUGAAAUCUAUGUACGUGUUACAUAUGUCUGUAACACAGAGUUCCAUUUAGCUUUAUAAUUUCACUUUUCACCUCUGUUACACAGAACUAAUUAAGGUCUUGUACUCUUCUGUAUAAUCGUUAAAUUGACCUCGACAUUGAAUGUGAUUUAAGAACCAUUAAUGUGUUCAUCGGUUAAUAAGAAAAGUAUAUGCAUAAUAUAUAUUUUGAUAUAUUAA